UUUAAAGGUUGGUUCGUGGCAAACGAUCAUCAUUCGAUAUCACAGUCGUCUGCUUGUUACAUCGUAAAGCACAGCAGUCUAACCUCCACCCAAAACUAAUCAUGCGUGAAUGUAUCUCAGUUCACAUCGGCCAAGCCGGAGUCCAGAUCGGUAAUGCCUGCUGGGAGUUAUACUGUCUUGAGCAUGGCAUCCAGCCUGAUGGUCAGAUGCCCUCAGACAAGACCAUUGGAGGUGGUGAUGACUCCUUCAACACCUUCUUCAGUGAGACUGGAGCUGGCAAGCACGUGCCCCGUGCCGUCUUCGUCGAUCUCGAGCCAACCGUAGUCGAUGAGGUCCGUACCGGAACUUACCGCCAGCUCUUUCAUCCUGAGCAGCUGAUCACCGGUAAGGAAGAUGCUGCCAACAACUAUGCCCGUGGCCACUACACGGUUGGAAAAGAAAUCAUCGAUAUUGUCCUCGACAGGAUCAGGAAACUGGCUGAUCAAUGCACGGGUCUACAGGGUUUCCUUCUCUUUCACAGCUUCGGCGGUGGCACCGGGUCAGGGUUCUCUUCGCUGCUAAUGGAGCGUCUCUCUGUCGACUAUGGAAAGAAAUCCAAGCUGGAGUUUGCCAUUUACCCAGCUCCUCAGGUUUCAACCGCUGUUGUUGAACCCUACAACUCCAUCUUGACUACCCACACUACCCUGGAACACUCCGACUGUGCUUUCAUGGUCGACAACGAGGCUAUCUACGAUAUCUGCCGUCGUAACCUUGACAUCGAACGUCCCACUUACACCAACCUCAAUCGCUUGAUGGGCCAGAUUGUCUCCUCCAUCACUGCAUCUCUGCGGUUCGAUGGUGCCCUCAACGUUGAUUUGACAGAGUUCCAGACCAAUCUCGUACCCUACCCACGCAUCCAUUUCCCAUUGGCGACCUAUGCCCCAGUAAUCUCUGCCGAGAAGGCUUACCAUGAGCAGUUGACUGUUGCUGAGAUCACCAAUGCAUGUUUCGAGCCCGCCAACCAGAUGGUGAAGUGCGAUCCCCGUCACGGCAAAUACAUGGCCUGCUGUCUCCUUUACCGUGGUGAUGUCGUCCCCAAGGAUGUCAACGCCGCAAUCGCUACCAUCAAGACCAAGCGUACCAUUCAGUUCGUCGACUGGUGUCCAACUGGUUUCAAGGUCGGUAUCAACUACCAGCCACCCACCGUCGUUCCAGGUGGUGAUCUUGCCAAGGUCCAGCGUGCUGUCUGCAUGUUGAGCAACACCACCGCUAUCGCAGAGGCAUGGGCUCGUCUCGACCACAAGUUCGAUCUGAUGUACGCCAAGCGUGCUUUCGUCCAUUGGUACGUCGGAGAGGGUAUGGAAGAAGGAGAAUUCUCUGAGGCUCGCGAAGAUUUGGCUGCUCUCGAGAAGGAUUACGAAGAAGUCGGUGUCGACUCCGUCGAUGAAGAGGGAGAAGAAGAAGGAGAGGAAUACUAAAAGAUUACCAUUACGAUGAUCGUCUUUCGAAUAGGAAAAAAAAUCUCAAACGUUAAUGGUCUGGUUCUCACCAAUAUUAUCCAUAAUACUCAAAGCUAAAAUGCAACUCAAUUAUUGCACACACUCGAUGGAGACAUAUCGUCUGAUUAUCCCCAAAAUGAAAGGUUGGAGGAGUGAUAACCUCUUCCAAAUGUUGCAUAACGAUAAAUUCACCAAUUCAAUUGUUGAGUGGAACAAUUUUAAGUGGUAAAUGCAACAUUUAGAAAAGGUCACUCCCCAAACCUUUCAUUUUUUUUAUUGAAUAUUUCAUUUUUCUCGAGUGUACAGACAAUCUUGCGUUUGUUUUUAAAUCAAAGAUACAUUCGGCAUUUGAUAUUGUUGAAUUAUUUACAUUUACCUUCAAAAAUAAGGAUUAUUAUUUUACAAUCAGAAAACCCAUUACACGUUACCACGGCAGUUUCCCCUAAAACCUUACACCAUCCGCACAAUGUGGCGCAAUGCACAAGCAAAUAAUCACGCACGUAUAUGUAUCUGAAGGUGAAAACCACAGUCGAUAUGGGAUACUAAUCAGUUAUUUCCAACCUUUUAUCAUGUUAAUCUUCACUUAAACUGUUCACAUCUUCACCAGGACACUUUUACACAAAGUCAUGUAGGUGUAAACAGUUUGUGAUUGGUUGAUAGUCGGUGAUUAUUUGAAUAAUUAUAUGCAAUUACAAUGAUCUUGAUUCAGAUCUUUUCCAUUUUGCAAUUGUUCGCAAACCAGUGCCAGAGGGUCAGUUCUUGGAUCAUUGCAAUACAAUUUAACAUGUUUACAAAAGAGGUUCUUAUUCAUAAUAUUGUCACAGUUACACCAACAAGACCGUCUACAAACCGUUAUUCGAUUGGCAUAAUAAUCGGUCGGUUUGGAGUUAGUUUCGAUGGUGUGACUGUUACAUAUAGCACAUGGGGCAUUCAUCGUUUCGAUAGAGCAUGCACAAUAAAGAAUAUUGUUUAAAAUU